AUGUGGUUUGAGGCAAUAAGUGAUCAUGGUUUAGUUUCUUCAGGAGGUGAUUUGACAAGAGGCAAGGUAGGAAUUUCAGGCUUUGGCAGAGUUGGUAUUUCUGGUAGUUUAGGUUUUGGAAGAAUUGGUAUCUCUGGCAAUGUAGGUUUUGGAAGAGUUGGCAAUUCAGGCACUUCAGGUUUAGGGAGUGAUGGUUCCUCAUGCUUUACUGGUAAUGCAGGUUCAUGUAAAGUUGGUUUCUCUUCUGAGUUUGAUGGAGAUGUAGAUUCUGGAAAAUGUGGCAACUCCGGUUUCGGUAUUUCCGGUAUUGAUGGUAAUUCAGGUUUAGGUAAACUUGGUAUCUCAGGCAAAGGUGGUAAUUCAGGUUUUGGUAAAGUUGGAAUUUCUGGUAAUGGAGGUAGUUUAGGUACUUCUGGGAUUGGAAAUAUUGGUUUUUCUUCUUCUAAAAGCCGACGACUAGCAUUACAAGCAAUGUUGUUUGAGAGGAACAAGAUUGCAAAUAAAGAAGAAGAAGCAAGAGGUAUUGGAAGUCAUUGUUGCAAGGGAUGAAGA